UCUCAACUUGUUCUUCAUGUAAACUUUGUUGAACAAAUCACCUACCGAAUUGCUCAUGAAUCAGGAUUAAGAUCAGGGAAUCCAUCAAGAAUUGACAACUUAUUAUCCACUGGUCAUGGCACCUAAGAGACCUCUUGAAACGGAUGCCACAGCCACACCGGCAGCAAAAAAGCUCCGCAAAGGCUUCCGAGUAGGUCCAGAAAACUUACCGGAUGGUCCUUGGAGGAGAAAAGUUGAUAAAAUAAAGAGGGACCUCAUUCAUAAAGCAAAGGUCAAAAAGGCAUACAAGAAGAUAAAAGCUGCGGAGCAAGCAUCUUCUAAACCUAACACUACUCCCGCCACUGAGGAUACAAAUGCAAAUGCAAAUGCAGACAUAGAUGUAGAAGCAGAAGCAGACCCACCAUCGCCUCAACUCCACCCAGAGAGGCAGGCUAUGCUGGACGUAGAUGAGGAGCAAGCAGAGCCCUCCUCUCCACCUCCGUCAGGAGACCGCCCCCCGCGCCAGAGGAAACAGAAAGUCCGCAAGCCUGGCUAUUUCGACAAAGCGGUAGCCGACGGGGACCGCAAAAAGGCGGAGGCUGAAGCGCGCGCCCAGGAGAUUGCGAGACGGAAUGCGGAGCGGGAAAGUAAGAUCGCAGAGCGCGAGAAGUUUAGGAAGGCCAUGGCGAAGGCACGGAAGCCAGGGCGAGAUGGCCAGCGAAAACUUGGUCGUGAAAGCGGGUUAUUGCUCGAGAAAGUGAAGAAAAUGGUCGGAGGUGCGAAGUAAAAGGCUUCAUCUCGGUAGCGACAUCGUGGCUACUUAAGGACAACCGAUCAAAUGAACUAUUCGACUGUCUUACGGUUUACCUACUGCAGUCAACCUCGAGGCAUGGUCCACUUAAAGUUAAGCUGUACACCACUAUAUACAACAAGGUCAAGACAUCAUGAGAUAAUCUCAGGCAAGUUUGCUAGGCUUACUGCAUCCAUGCUGCGAAGAAGCCACAAGACGAAGAGCUCAGUUCGCGUGGGAAAUUAAGGAUUCCAGCCGAGUUUAGGUUAUAGGGAGAAAACUUGGAAGCACGACCGAUUCGCCUCGGUACGCUUCGCCUCAUAAUUCAAUAAGUUAGCCUUUUAAGCUGACCAUAUUAAGCACA